AUGAGGUCGUCGGUUAUUUCGGAUGGUUCUUGGAUAGAUUUCCAACUUAGUAGUCCACUUUCUAGUGAAAUAGAAUCGUUGUGUUCGGAACAAAGUUUUGAUUGUUCUGAAGAAAGAGCUGAAAAUACAAAUGAAAAAACUUUGAUUGCGGAGAAAAAUUUCGAAUCAGAUGUAACUUUGACAUCGAAAGAUGUGAUGGUGUAUAGUUCGAAUACUGCUGGCAAUUCGAAAAUACGGAAAUCAAGGAAUCUGGAAUCGAAUUGCGAACUGUUGCUUUCUUGCGAUUCUGAAGCUACGUCAUCAAAGCCUAGCAGUGAUGCUUACAGCUUAACUAAUACGCUUUGUCAUACUAGCAUAGUGAGCCCAACAAGGAAUUCAUUCGAUUGUUCAAUUAUGGACACUGUCUACAACACCGGUUCUCAGGAAGAGGAUCAGAGAUUAAAGAAGCUUCACUAUGCUGCAGUCGAGAUUUAUACAGUUGAGAAGAAAUUUGUUGAACAACUGGAACUUAUUGCUGUGAAAUAUCCUGAAUUUUUGACAAAAUAUGGGAAGGAACUGGGGAUCGAUUUCUUAAAAACGCUACCAAAUGGAUAUCCUCAUUUGAUCAGUCGGAUAGCUCAACAGCUUCUGAUGGUUAAAGAAGCACAUAAGUUUUUGUUGGAGAAAAUUUCGUCGAAAAUUGAGAAUUGGGAUUCGAGAGUUCCAAGCAUGGCAGAAUGCUUAAAAAACGGUGCUGGCUUAUUGAAAUGCUGUCUACCUUACCUCAAAGAAAAGAGGAAACAUGUUGAUGAUUUCAUCAGACUGCUUCAAGAAAAUGAAGAAUUAGCUCGGGCAACAACAAAGUUCGAGGAAGAAGUAAUGGGAAAAAUAUCUAUAAUUCAGCAACUUGAUAUUGUUCAUCAAAAUGUUGUGCGUUAUACAAUUUUACUAGAGGCAUAUAAAAAGCACCUAGUGCCUGAAUCUGAAGAAUUGGGAGUAUGUAUGGAUGCAUUGGUGCAGUUAUCAAAAGUAUCAGAAUUAGUUGAUCGGCAGAUUAGUCGAGCUGAAUUGGAAAAACGUUUAAUUGACUUGUAUCGACAGCUUGAGGGAAGGUUUAAUGUUUUCGAAGCAAAUCGUCACCUUUUAUUUGAAGGCGAAUUGAUGAAACAGUCGCGGAAAGAUUUACAGCCGCGUUAUUUGAUAUUAUUCUCGGAUGUGUUAUUAAUUUGUAAAUAUUCAAGAACACCUUCGCUUGGAACAGAUGCCAAUUUUCAUUCUGAAUUUUAUAAAUUUCUUGUUUCUCGGAUUCGUGUUAAAGCAGAAGAACAUGGCGAAUACGAAACUCAUUUUCAGUUGUACACCACACAGAAAAGUGCCGUUUUUAUCGCAAAAACGAAGCGAGAAAGAGAUGAUUGGGUGAAACGAAUCAGCGAAGCAAAGAUGGAGGCAAAAGAGCUUCGUCACAUCAAAGCUGCAAGAAAUAAGAUCCUCAAUGUUCGAGUAAUGCAUGUAGAUGAGCCAACGGAUGAAUGCACAUCGGAUACGAAGACAUCAAACAAUGGAUUAGAUAAUGGUAUCUCACUGUCCAUUACUGGGAAGCACAAGUAUACACCAUUAUGGAUACCUGAUCCAAAAGCAACAUCAUGUAUGAUGGCUGGCUGCUCUACAAAAUUCAACGUUCUGAAUCGUCGCCAUCAUUGUCGUGAAUGUGGAUACUUGAUAUGUCGUUCUUGUGUUGGUUAUGCUCCAGUCAAAACUAGCAGUUACUAUGUACGCACCAAAGUUUGUCCAGAAUGCUAUGUUAAAAUCAUCAAAAAAUGGAAAGGAGACUUAGGAAAUAUAACUUUCACAGCUCCGGAAAAUGAAUCACUUACUAAAACUAAUGUUCCCAGUCGAAAUGCCGAAGGAGUAGUAUCUGGUACUGUAUUUCUCAGGAAUCAAAAAGGUGGUGAAAAUGAAAAGUGGGGUCGGCUUACAUCGCAUGCAGAUGGUGUCUUAGUGCUUUGCUUUUAUGAUGCGGAGUUUGAUGUGGAUCCUGUGGCGCGCUAUGUUCUUAUAGGAUUUACACUUUGUGUUCAAGAAUUAGAUGAUGGUGGUCGUUUGUUUGAGCUACGGCAUGCUAAUCAAGUGAACGAGAGUAGUUGUAUUUCACUUCAUUUUCGAGUUGCACAUUCAGGAAGUGCUGAAAGGUUAUUCAUUUGGCGUUGA